UACCAGUCUCUUUGUCUACCUCUUUGGUUGAUGAUGAUAAUCAUCCCCAGACGCGACUCCAACUCAUCAAAGUCGAUUGUGAGUUCAGCAUGAACCGGUCUGCUACACAUGCCUGUCUUCUUUACCAUUCCUGGUAAAACCUUCAUCAAUUUCAUCAGUUCAUUGUUUGUUUGUUGUUAUUUGUGAAGUUCAGAUAGUUGAGCAGAAGGCAAGCUUCGAAAACUCAGUUGGUUUAAUUUAUGAAAUCUGGAAUUCACGAGGCUACUGUCAUACACUUGUAACUCUGAGCUCUCAAGCAAGCCCACCAGGACACCAUGGCGGAGGCUGUUGUUGGAGUGCUACUCGGCAAGCUCAGUGUGGCCCUGAUGAACGAGGCAGCAACCUAUGCUUCAUCCAUCAUUUGCAAGGAAUCUUCUGAGCUCAAGGCUCUCUUUGGGGAGAUCCGCAAAGCUGAGGGUGAGCUCGAGAUCAUGAAGGCAUACCUGCAUGACUCAGAGAAGCUCAAGGAUACCAACGAGAUUGCUGGCAUCUUUGUCAAUAAGAUUCGAGAUCUAGCUUUCCGGAUUGAGGAUGUGGUCGAUGAGUUUGCAUACAAGAUUGAGGACAACAAGCAAGAAGGGUUUAGAGCCAAGAUGAAAAAAAUGCUUAAGAACGGCAAGACUUGGCGCCGUUUAGCUCUUGAGCUCCGCGAUAUCAAUUGCAAGCUUGAAGAUGCUGCAAAAAGGAAGGACCUUUAUGCCAUGCCAGGGAUGGAAAGAGGUGCUAGAGACUGUGACCAUCAUGCUAGAACUACCAAUCAAACUUCAUGUUUUGCAAGGGACGAGGAUCUUGUAGGUAUUCAGGAUAAUGCAGAAAAGCUUAAGCGGUGGUUAGUAGGUGAUUUUGAAGAAAGGUACAAAAUCGCCACUGUUUGGGGGAUGGGUGGCGUAGGUAAAACUAGUCUAGUUGAUUAUGUCUAUAGGAUUGUGAAAGUGGAGUUUGAUGCUGCUGCAUGGAUAACAGUGUCAAAAAGUUACAAAGUUGAGGAGUUGCUGAGGAAGGUUGCUAGAGAGUUUGGCAUUACAAUUGACGUCAGCAACAUGGAACUGAGAAGCCUAGUUGAGGUCAUUCGUAGCCAUCUUAAAGGUAAAAGGUAUAUUUUAGUUCUGGAUGAUAUCUGGGAAAAAGAUUUAUGGAUCAAUAAAAUCAUGGAUGUCUUUCCGACAAACUGGGUCAGCCGAUUUGUUUUCACAUCAAGAAAAUACGAAGUUGCAUCAUUAGCAACCCGUAACUGUGCAGUUAAGCUAGAUCCUAUGGGAGAAAAUCACUCUUGGAAGUUGUUUUGCAGGUUAGCUUUCCGGAAUAAUGAUGAGAAAAGUUGCCCUACAGAGUUACAUGAUUUGGCCAUGAAGUUCUUACGGAAGUGUGAAGGGUUGCCUAUUGCUAUUGCAUGCAUAGGUCGUUUAUUGUCCUGCAAACCCUCGACCUUAACUGAAUGGAACAAUGUUUACGAGGAGUUAGAAUUACAGUCGACUAAUAAUGUUAUUCCUGGAGUUGAUACUAUUCUUAAAGUUAGCUUGGAGGACCUUCCAUAUGAAUUGAAGAACUGCUUCUUGCAUUGUGCAAUAUUUCCAGAGGAUUGUUUAUUGAAGAGAAAGCGGUUAAUAAGGCAUUGGAUUACUGCUGGAUUCAUAAAGAAAAAGGAAAGUAAGACACUCGAAGAAGUGGCAGAGGGGUGCUUGAAUGAGCUUGUAAACCGAAGUUUACUACAAGUCGUGAAGAAGAAUGAGUUUGGACGAGUGAAAUGUUGUCGAAUGCAUGAUAUCAUCCACCAUCUUGCCCUUGAAAAAGCAAAGGAAGAAUGCUUUGGUAAAGUUUAUGAGGGCCCGGAGACAUUUUCAGUAGACAGCACACGACGAUUAUCUAUACAGAGCACCAAUAUUGAACCUCUAUGUCAAUCUGGUGUAACACAUCUCCGUGCAAUUCAUGCUUUCACAAGUGACGUCGAUAUUGAUUUGCUGAGGCCUAUCUUUAUGUCUUCCCAUUUGUUGUCAACAUUAGAUCUGCAAGGUACUAAAAUCAAAAUGUUGCCUAAUGAGGUCUUCAACUUGUUCAAUCUGCGAUUUUUGGGUCUCAGAUAUACUGAAAUUGAAAUUCUACCAAAGGCAUUAGGAAGACUUAAAAACUUAGAAGUACUGGAUGCCUUGUUUACUCCUCUGCUCUCUUUACCAGAGGAAGUAGCGAAACUACAGAGGCUUUGGUUCCUCUACGCAUGUACACUGCACAAGGAACGAACUCUUCAACGUUAUGGUGGAAUUAAAGUGCCUAGGACCAUAAGGAACUUAACCGGACUGCAUGCUAUGGAAACUAUUGAAGCAACAUUAGAAACUCUAUGCGAUGUUGCAUCUUUGACUGAAUUAAGAGCAUUUUCUGUUUGCGAUGUGAAAAGUGAACACUCUUUAAACCUUUGCAGAGCUAUAAUGAACAUGAGCCAUCUGGUUCAUCUGUCCAUUGCAGCAUUAGACGAAAAUCAAGUAUUACCUUUGGAAGCACUCUGUUUGCCCGGAACACUUUCUAAACUUGUAUUGCAAGGGUGGCUGGAAAAGAAACGGAUGCCUAGGAUUCUCUCAUCCUGGUUACACCUUAACAAUCUCUCUAAACUGUCUCUUAUAUUCUCCAAACUUGAUGAAGACUCAUUUUCUAGUCUCAAGGUAUUAGGUGGUUUAUGCUACCUUGAACUGGUUAAGGCUUAUGAUGGGAAGAAAUUGUUCUUUUCUGCAUUGUCAUUUCCUAGGCUCCGCCGACUAGCAAUAUGGAGUGCUCAGCAGCUGAACCGAGUUGAAAUUGAAGAAGGCGCACUGGAAUCCCUUGAAGAGCUAAUGUUUACAGACUGCCCAGAAUUGAAUUGUCUCCCUUAUGGCAUUGAGUUCCUCAAAGACCUUGAAGAAUUACGUUUGGAAGACACUGCAGAGGAGCUCAUAGAGAAGCUUAGGCAGGAAAGUAGAGGACAUCAAGACAAUGAAGAACUUGUGAAGAUUAGCCAUGUUAGAAAGGUUGUUAUUAUAUUAUCAGAGAAAAACAUACGGGAAAGAAUUCGUUGAAUUAAGCUAGGUGUGGAUACUGCUAUAUUCCCAAGUAACUAAAGGAGCACACAGGAUUUCAUGAUAGCAUAUACACACGCGCAGGUUCAACUCUAUGCUUUCUUGAGCUUCAGGAGAUCUAUGAUGGAAACAAACUGUACUUUCCUAGACUCCAACAUCUACGAGCAUGUAGUGCUCCGCAGCUUGGCCAAGUCAAAAUAAAAGAAGGUGCACUGGAAAGCCUUUUUGAGCUAGUGUUUUCAGAAUGACCAGAAUUGAAGCACAUCCUCAAGGCAUUGAGCACCUUACAGCCCUUGAGAAAUUACGUUUGCAAGACACUUCUGAGGAGCUCAUAGACAAGCUUAGGCAGGAAAGUGAAUCAGAUGGAGGCAAUUAAGAGCAUAUGAAGAUCGGCCACAUUAGAAAGGUUGUUGUGUUAACUGAGAAAACAUAUGUGAAAGGGUUCGCUGACUGAAGCAUGAAUUGUCUGAAUUUUGCUAUUCCCAGAGGCAAAUUUUUCAAGACAUAAAGGUGAAGUGGCAGUGAAGUGUCUUUGCAGUUGGCAGAACGUGAAGUCAGGUGACUAUGAGAUAUGAGACUGCAAUCAGGAUGAACUCUAAAAAACAAAAAAUGUUGUCGGUUCUUAUAUACUUCCUCUAUCUAGGUGCAUAAUAAUAUAUAUGCACCUAGAAAAGUCAAAACGACCUAUAAUUUGGAACGGAGGCAGUAUCUCUAGUUGUUUGAUUUCGAAGCAGUGCGCGUGACCAGCCAAUAUGAGGUGAAAAACACCCUGUCAUUUUCUGGCUGCAGUUCUUUUGCUGGUUUAUGUUCAGGUUUCUGUUAAGUCAUCACCGGUAGGAAUGGUUUUUGCCUGAUGUCCUCCGUGGAUGACCUGUGAUAAACUUGCAGAGUCUUUUGUUUUCGGUCUGCUCAACCUGAUACAUAUGCUUUCGUUUCGAUGGACCUGGCAUACUUUGCAGUCGUUGGCUACCUUUCAUAUAGUUUCUUCAGUUUGAUAAGCUUGGCAUCAUUUUGCCCGUCCGGAUUUAAUUGAUCCCAGAUACGUCAGGGACAUGAUUUGCACGGCUCCCUGCUUCCAUGGAAAUCUGGCCCAAGCCUCUUGGAAGCAGGGUCCACAAAUAUAAGGAUAAGUGCAAAGAAGGUGAGGAAAAAUGCAUCGAAAUUUAGAAGGUGAGGUCUCCUGCCCUAUUCUGUUUUCUGGAAACAGAGCAAGUUCCAGCGUGCUAUGCUCUGUUUUCUUGAAACAGAGCAAAGUUUUGGCGCGUAGAAGUCUGUGUGUCCGUGGAGCAAUUUGAUGGGCAGGGCCGAUUCCUACACGGGUCCUACACGGGCCGCUAGCCCGAAGAGGAGUGAAGACACUACAGAAUGGGCCUGACGCAUUUGGAGAAUUUGGGCUCAGGCUGUUGGGUACUCGGUGAUGAUGAUGAGGCCUCUUCGGGUCUUUCUUGAUCAAGAGAUCUCCGUCGCCGCCGCAUGAAGCUGAGCGGCCUCCUCGCUUCUGCGGCUGCCGCCGCCGCCGCCGCUUCAGGUGCUCUGCGGUGGAUAGUCGACGGAGAAUACGGCGGACUUCAUUAGCGUUUAACGUGGUACCACCGU